UAAUAUUUUCACGAUAGAGAUUCAUUGUCACUUUCUCACCCCACUGUGAAAGUUUCCCAAACGUGUCCACUUUACAAUUCAUUUCUAUUUACCCCUUGCUGCAAACUUUCUGGGUCUGUAGACCAGAGCAUAUCGUAAAAUUAACAAAGGUCAGGUGAUCGGCUCGGCUAGCUGUUCAAACACUGCCCCUGCAGUGGCUUAACUUUGUAGACAGGAAGAGCCACUUCAGAUAAAGAUUCCUUACAUGUACACCUCAUGGAUGGGUGAAGGUGUUAUCUGAGUUACCAAAUAACCUCUGUUAUGCAGUCUCCUGCAGUUCACUGUUUACUCUAUGCAACGGUUCAAAGAUUAACUGCUGAGGCAACAUCGCGCCGUAGCUGAAGAGUUGCAAAACUGCCGCCGACGGAACAGAUCUCCGUUUUGUGUGACGAAAGAAUCAACAACCAUGUCUUUAACAAAAGUCGACAGUGUGAGCAAAGAAACAUGGGACUCACACAACAAGAUGAUGCUGGAGCCUCUGAUCAUCAAUGACUCUGAGGUCUUUUCCAUCAUAAAAAGAGAGAAGCACAGGCAGACAUAUGGUCUGGAGCUGAUAGCAUCUGAGAACUUUGCCAGCAGAGCUGUUCUGGAGGCCCUCGGUUCCUGUAUGAACAACAAGUACUCUGAGGGAUACCCUGGACAGAGGUACUAUGGAGGUACAGAGCAUAUUGAUGAGCUAGAGAGACUCUGUCAGAAGAGGGCACUGGAGGCCUAUGGUCUGGACUCAGAGAAAUGGGGAGUCAACGUGCAGCCAUACUCGGGUUCUCCUGCUAACUUUGCUGUCUACACGGCCGUUGUGGAGCCACACGGCAGGAUCAUGGGUCUGGACCUUCCUGAUGGAGGUCACUUGACACAUGGCUUCAUGACUGACAAGAAGAAAAUCUCAGCAACGUCCAUUUUCUUUGAGUCCAUGCCGUAUAAGGUGAAUCCAGAAACUGGCUACAUUGACUAUGACAGACUGCAAGAAUGUGCACGGCUGUUCCACCCCAAACUCAUCAUUGCAGGAACAAGCUGCUAUUCCCGCAACCUUGACUACGCCCGCAUGAAGCAGAUUGCUAAUGAGAAUGGUGCAUAUCUGAUGGGAGACAUGGCUCACAUCAGCGGCUUGGUGGCAGCUGGUGUGGUGCCUUCACCCUUUGACUACUGUGACAUUGUUUCCACAACAACACACAAGACGCUGCGUGGCUGCCGUGCUGGACUUAUCUUUUACAGGAAAGGUGUGCGCAGUGUGGAUGCCAAGGGGAAUGAGACUUUUUACAACUUUGAGUCUUUGAUCAAUCAGGCUGUAUUUCCUGGGCUGCAGGGAGGACCACACAACCACGCCAUUGCAGGUGUUGCCGUAGCUCUCAAACAAGCCAUGACACCAGAGUUCAAGGCCUACCAGAUACAGGUUCUUGCUAACUGUAAAGCUCUGUCCAGUGCCCUUAUUGACCACGGCUACAAGAUUGUCACUGGCGGCUCUGACAACCAUCUGAUCCUGCUGAACCUGCGCAGCAAGGGAACUGAUGGAGGACGAGCUGAGAAGGUUCUGGAAGCCUGUGCCAUUGCUUGUAAUAAGAAUACCUGUCCAGGGGAUAAGAGUGCUUUGCGCCCUAGUGGUCUGAGGUUUGGCUCUCCAGCUCUGACCUCCAGAGGCUUGGUACAGGAGGACUUCAGGAAGGUGGCUGAGUUCAUUCACAGAGGUAUUGAGCUGACCUUGGAGGUGCAGAUAAGUCUAGAUCCCAAGGCCACUUUGAAGGAGUACAUUCAGGCAUUUUCCCAGGGAGAGAAGUUCCAGCAGCGGGUAGCAGAGAUCAGGGCCGAAGUGGAGGCUUUUGCUGGUCAGUUCAUCAUGCCUGGCCUACCUGAGCUGUAGAGGGCGGCAAUUUCGGCUGCUGGACCGAUGAUUAUAACCAGCAUUCGCAGUUAUGAUGGUGUGUUUUGUGUGUAUAUUUGUUUUGAGUGUUAAAUUUUUCACUUCUCAAAUCAAGAUGGAUACACACCAAAGCUUGGAACAGACUUGUCUUAAUUAUUCAGUAUUGUUACAGUGCCUUUGCUGUUGUAGAUGUUUUGUUUUGUUUUUUUCUUUCCCUGCUGUAACUUCAGUCUUGGAUAUCAUAAUUACAUCUAAGCUUUAAUCUUG